AUGGCCAGUUUCUUCGAUCUCAAGGCUCGCAAGGCUGCUGCUGCUGCUUCUGCAUCAGGAGAAGCUUCAUCCAAAUCGACCGGCCCAAAAGUCGACAAUCGCCUGCAACCAUGGGUUGAGAAAUAUCGCCCAAAGUCACUCGAUGAUGUUUCGUCGCAAGAACACACCGUCGACGUUCUCCGUCGCACCCUGCAAUCCGCCAACCUCCCUCACAUGCUCUUUUACGGCCCGCCCGGUACUGGCAAAACCUCGACCGUCCUCGCUCUCGCGAAACAGCUUUACGGUCCUGAACUCAUCAAGACCCGUGUUCUUGAGCUCAACGCUUCCGAUGAGCGUGGUAUCAGCAUUGUGCGUGAGAAGGUCAAGGACUUUGCCCGCAUGCAACUCUCGAAUCCUCCCUCCGGCCCUGCUGGCGAAGAAUACCGCAAGAAGUACCCUUGUCCUCCCUACAAGAUCAUCAUCCUCGAUGAAGCAGACUCUAUGACUCAAGACGCCCAAUCCGCCUUGCGUCGCACAAUGGAAACAUACAGCAAGAUUACUCGCUUCUGUCUCAUCUGCAACUAUGUCACACGCAUCAUCGACCCUCUGGCCAGUAGAUGCAGUAAAUUCAGGUUCAAGAGUUUGGACGGCCAAAAUGCUCGCAAGAGACUGGAAAACAUCGCCGCCAUGGAGAAGGUCAAGCUAGAUGAUGGUGUCGUCGACACUCUGAUUCGCUGCGCUGAAGGUGACUUGCGAAAGGCCAUCACUUUCUUGCAGUCGGCCGCUCGUCUCGCUGGUGCCGAACUGUCAAAACCUGACGACGAUGCUAUGGACGUUGAUGAUCAAGCAACUGCCCGUUCGGUGUCAGUCCGUAGUAUCGAGGAAAUCGCCGGUGUGGUCCCUGACCAUACAGUCGGCCGUCUCAUCGAGGCCUUGCAGCCUAACAAACGAGCUUCGGUUUAUGAUGCUGUGUCUCGUGUUGUUCAGGACUUGGUCGCCGAAGGUUGGAGUGCUACGCAGCUGGUAUCGCAACUCUACGAACAAAUCCUUAUGGAUGACUCCAUUGACAAUCCGAAGAAGAAUCGCAUUGUCUUGUCCUUCUCACAGACAGACAAGAGAUUGAUCGAUGGAAGCGACGAACAUCUCACUAUCCUUGAUCUAAGUCUGCAGAUCGCCAGCGCCCUUGCAGGAACAUGA